CGGCGCGGGACGCGUGCCUGCCCUUGAGGUCGCGGCGCGGCCGGGCAGAGCGGGCAGGGGCAUGCGGGCGGGCUCGUGCGGGUCGCUGCUGCGCUGGCUGGCGAAGCGGAGCUACGGCUGCGCCCAGCAGAGAGACACCGUCUUCGCCGUGUCCUCGGGCCACGGGAAAUGCGGCGUGGCCGUGAUCCGCACCAGUGGCCCCGCCAGCGCCACGGCCCUGCGCCGCCUGACCGGGCGCGACGAGCUGCCCCGGCCUAGGGCCGUCGCCCUGCGGAGGAUCCGCGACCCCGGCUCCGCCGAGCCCCUGGACCGGGGCCUCGUGGUCUGGUUCCCAGGGCCUCACAGCUUCACCGGCGAGGACUGCGCGGAGCUGCACGUGCACGGGGGACCGGCCGUGGUGAGCGGGGUGCUGCAGGCCCUGGGGCGCCUGCCUGGCCUGCGCCCGGCCGAGCCCGGGGAGUUCACCAAGCGCGCCUUCCAGAACGGCAAGCUGGACCUGACCGAGGCCGAGGGGCUGGGCGACCUGAUCCACGCAGAGACCGAGGCCCAGCGACGCCAGGCCCUGCGCCAGAUGGAGGGCGAGCUGGGGCAGCUCUACCAGCGCUGGAGCCAGGAGCUCACCCAGGCACUGGCCUACAUCGAAGCCUUUAUUGACUUCAGCGAGGAUGACAACGUGGAGGAGGACGUGCUGACUCGAGUGGACACAGCCGUGGCCCAGCUGGAUCGGGAGCUACGGGGGCACCUGCAGGAUGGGCGGCGAGGGGAACGGCUGCGCGGGGGCGUCCACGUCGUCAUCGCCGGGCCCCCCAACGCGGGCAAGAGCAGCCUGCUCAACCUGCUCUGCCAGCGGCCUGCAGCCAUUGUGUCGCCGGUGCCAGGCACGACAAGGGACGUGGUGGAGACGACGCUGAAUGUGGGUGGCUACCCCGUGGUGCUGAGUGACACGGCCGGGCUGCGGGAUGCCCGGGACCCCGUCGAGCAGGAGGGCGUGAGCCGGGCGCGGGACAGGCUGCAGCAGGCAGACCUGGUCCUGGCAGUGCUGGAUGCAGCGGAGCUGGCCCCGCAACCCGGGCGCCUUGCUGGAGCCUUGCAGGCCGUGCUGCCCCCCAGCCCCCCUCCCAGGCCCUGCCUCCUGGUGCUCAACAAAGCCGACCUGCUGGCGGAGCAGAGCCGGGGGGCCCUGCAGCAGGCCUGUGCAGGGGACACCCUGCCCCCCGCCUGCCUGCUUUCCUGCAUGACCAGGGAGGGCACCGCCACACUCCUGCGCCUGCUGGGUGGGCAGCUGCAGCACAUCUGCGGUGACCCCUUGGUGGGCUCCCCGAGCCUCACGCAGACGCGGCACCGUCUCCACCUCACCAGCUGCCUGGACGCCCUGGGCCGGUACCACCGGGGCAGGGCCGGGGACCUGGUGCUGGCGGCCGAGGAGCUGCGGCUGGCGCGACGGCACCUGGGCCGCAUCACGGGGCAAGUCGGGGCCGAGGACAUCCUGGACAUUGUCUUCAGGGACUUCUGCAUCGGAAAGAAGGCUGUGUUUAAAGGGACAAGAAGCACGACAGGUCUCGGCUGGAGUCUGCUGGGGGCACCUGGAGAAGAGCCCUCCCUUCCCCAGUACCGGGCGGCUCAGAGCAUUGGUGUCACAGUGGGAAGGCCGAGGGUCCAGCCCCUUGGACCCAGUGGGAAGGCUGAGGGUCCAGCCCGAGAGGCCCAGGUACAUGGGAUGUACAUGGGGAUGUCUGGGGGGGGUGAGGGCCAUCUAUGCAGCAGAGUGUGGACAAGGCUGGUGAACCCAGUGCUGGGGUAGCAGGGCGGUGGGCUGGCCCCGGGGCACGGGCAGAGCCGGGUGCAGGCGGUGAUGGGGUGUCUCGGAGUAGGGCUAAGGCAGGUGGGGGGGCCGUGGCAUCACCCCAGCCCUCUGGGCACUCACCAAGGUU